GGGCAGCCACCCGGGAGCCCGGAGACCGCUGGGCAGCGGAUGAGGCGCGGCGGCUGUGGCCUAGGGUACCUCCCCCUCCCCUGGCUUCCCAAACCCUGCCCGGUCAGACCCGAGGGGGAGGAUGGAAGAACCAGCCGCGCUCUGAGCCCUCCAGGAAAGUAACACCUUUCCCGGCCACACCAUCCCUCCGGUCGUGCAGAGACCACCGCCUCGUCCCCUCCGCUUCUCCAUCUCCCAGAACAGGGCCGAGUGAAUAAGUGAACGAUGGCAGAAAAUCUGAGAAAACUGGUCUCGAGCGAAACUUUACAAUCGAUGCACGACAAGCUAGAGUCCUGGCUGAGGGACUACAACACAAACACGUGUGAUCAAAAUCUCAAUCAUUGCCUUGAGUUCAUCGAACAAAUUUCCAACGUGCAAGGACAACUCUUCAGAAUCCUCACCACGGCUGCCCGAGAAGGAGGACACUAUGAAGGUGUGGAAAUAAUCAAAUCGCGCCUUUUGCCUUGGCUGGAGGCCUCCUUUACUGCUGCUUCCCUGGGAAAAACUGUUGACAGCAAUGUCCCCUCUCUACAGGACACGUUUGACAAGGAGAGACACAAAGAGCCUGGUGUUUGGGAUCGGGACAUACAACAAUUAGACUCUGAGUUGAAUUCAACUCGUAAUCAACUCAACAAGGUUCAAGACGAUCUGGCUGAAACUGAAAAGACUCUUGAAGAAACCAAGAACAGAUCGGCCAUAUCCCUUUUGGCUGCAGAGGAGGAAAUAAAUCAGCUAAGAAAGCAGCUUAAAUCUCUUCAAGCCCUGGAGGAAAGCCGCCACAGAAACUCAGAACAUAGAGGCUCAGAGCACCGGAAUUCGGAUGCCAAAAGCUCAGAACCCAGGACCUCAGAGCACAGGAGAAUGGAACAGCGGGUCCAGGACAAGAAGAGCCCAGAACAACGGCCGGAAGUGAUAUGCGAUUAUGAGAAACAGCUCCGAACGCUGAAGGAUGAGAUAGCGGUUUUGUCUGCUGAAAAAUCUGCACUUCAAGGAAGGUCGGUCAAGAGCCGCAGUCCUAGCCCCGUCCCGCGCAGCCGCAGCCAGAGCCGCAGCCACAGUCGCAGCCACAGUCGCAGCCACGGCCGCAGCCGCAGCCGCAGCCGCAGCCGCAGCCGCAGCCAGAGCCGCAGCCGGAGCCGCAGCCGCUCCGCCAGCCCCUCCGCCGCGGUGGCCAAGAUCCCGAGCCCGUCGCCGAAUCGCGCCAAACUGUCCAGCGUGGCGCGCAAGGCUGCCCUCCUGUCCCGGUUCAGCGACGCCUAUUCCCAGGCCCGCCUGGAUGCGCAGUGCUUGCUGCGACGCUGCAUCGACAAAGCUGAGAUGGUGCAGCGGGUCAUCUAUGUCGCAACAGUGGAGGCAUUCCAUGUAGCUAAAAUGGCAUUCAGACACUUCAAGAUCCGUGUGAGGAAAUCGUUGACACCAUCGUACGUGGGGUCCAGUAACUUUGAGGAUGCCGUCUCGGAUUAUAUCAUUUGUCAUCUUGACCUCUAUGAUUCCCAAAGCAGUGUUAAUGAUGUGAUCCGAGCCAUGAAUGUUAAUCCCAAGAUUUCAUUUCCUCCUGAAGUUGACUUUUGCCUCCUCAGCGACUUCAUCCAGGAGAUAUGUUGCAUUGCGUUUGCAAUGCAGACUUUAGACCCGCCCCUCGAUAUUGCAUUUGGGGCUGAUGGAGAAAUUUUCAAUGAUUCCAAGUACCGUCGCAGCUAUGACUCCGAUUUCACUGCUCCCUUGGUCUUCUAUCACGUGUGGCCUGCUCUCAUGGAAAAUGACUGUGUCAUUAUGAAGGGAGAAGCUGUCACCAAGAGAGGGGCUUUUUGGAAUUCAGUGCGACCUCUAACUCGAUGUCGAAGCAGGAGUUUAAGUCCCAUCUGCCCCCGUAGCUGUAUUGGGUUAAGCACGAUAUCUCGAAGCCGGAGCCCUUCUCCAAUAAGAUGUGGAUUGCCGAGGUUUUAAAGCCACCAGACAUGUUACCUGGCCACAGGACAUCCGCAACAGUCACCUUCCCCCGUGCCUCUGUCUCCUGUGUCUGCCUCAGAACUCACUUAAGAUAAUGUGAAAAGGCAAUUCUGUGUAUCACUCCACACAGAGAGUUAAAUGUCUUGGCUUAGCGUGUUUGUAACUUUCA